CCAUCCCAAGGCGAGGCGGCUGAAGUAGCUGGUUGGGACAGACUGAAGCUUCCUCUUACAGCCACAGCCUUACGAGACAAGGCAAAAGGCACAGACUACUCUUCCGUGCAGGCUCCAGCAUGGCCACGUACACGGUCUGUGUGUCCACUGGCAGUUUUUUAUACUUGGGAGCCCUUGAUCCCAUUUCCCUCUCCUUUGUGGGCACCGAAGGAGAAAGCCCUGAAACCAGUCUGGGCAGCUGGCCCUCCAAGUUCGUCAGUGGAGUGGAGAACAAAUAUGAAGUUACCUGUGAGCGGGACCUGGGAGAGAUUUUGCUCCUCCGUCUCCAGAAAAAGCUUUUGCUUAACAUCAUCCCGACCCAGCGGUACUUAAAUUAUGUCAAGGUGAUCUCCCCACAGGGCCAUACCUACACUUUCCCCUGCUACCAGUGGCUUGAAAGCUCUGAGCACCUGGAGCUGAGGGAGGGGACAGCAAAAACGGUUGCCAUGGACUCGAACCCCUUACUCCGAACACACAGGGAGGAACAGCUGAAGAGCAGACAGGAGGACUACGGGUGGAAGACAUUGGUUGAGGGCAUCCCCCACUGCCUGGAUGUGGAAUCCCCCCAACAGUUGGACACAGAUGACAAGUUUUCUUUUGUGAAGUCUUCACUCUUUAAGACACGCACCACAGCCAAGAAAGUGGAGCUGAAGCUGAAGGGGUUUUCUGAUAGCCAAGAAUCCUGGAAGGAGCUGGAGGACAUCAAGCAGGUCUUCUGGUUCAACAAGACUCCUCUCUCAGAAUAUGCCACAAAUAACUGGAAGAGCAACAAGUUCUUUGGAUACCAGUUCCUGAAUGGAUUGAACCCCCAGAUGAUCCAGAAAUGCAUGGAGAUCCCUGCCAAGUUCCCCGUGACCCAAGAGAUGGUGGCCAGUUCCCUGGGCAGCAGCACCACGCUGAAGAAGGAACUGGAGAAAGGGACCAUUUUCAUCGUUGACUACCACAUCCUAGAGGGAAUCCCCGCAGGCCUCAAUAAUGACGAGCAGCAGUACAUCACGGCCCCUCUCUGCCUGCUGCACCUCUCACCCCAGAAGGAGGUGGUGCCCCUGGCCAUUCAGCUGAGCCAGACCCCUGGCCCAGACGCUCCCAUCUUCCUGCCCAGUGACUCCGAAUGGGACUGGAUCCUAGCCAAGACCUGGGUGCGAAAUGCCGACUUCCAUGUUCACCAAGCACUCGCCCACUUGCUCCGGACACACCUGCUGGCUGAAGUCUUCACCCUGGCCACGCUCCGCCAGCUGCCCAUGUGCCACCCAGUCUACAAGCUACUCAUCCCCCACACUCGCUUCACCCUCCACAUCAACGCGGUGGCCCGGGAACGUCUCAUUAACCAGGGUGGUGUCUUUGACAAAGCGACCGGCACUGGUUACGAUGGCUUGAUGAAGCUUCUGCAGAAGGGCACCGAAGCCUUGACUUACUCCUCCCUCUGCCUGGGGGAAGAGCUGGAGUCUCGUGGGGUGGCCUCCACACCCAAUUACAACUACAGGGAUGAUGGCCUCAGGAUUUGGGAGGCUGUGGAAAGAUUUGUCUCAGGCAUUGUUGACCUUUAUUACAAAAGGGAUUCCUCCGUAUCAGAAGAUCCUGAGCUGCAGUGUUGGAUCAAGGAGAUCUUUACGGAAGGCUUUCUGAAUCGGAAGUCCUCAGGCAUUCCGUCCUCACUAGGCAGCCUGAAAGAGCUCAAGAAGUUCCUGACUAUGGUGAUCUAUACCUGCUCAGCCCAGCACAGUGCUGUCAACAGCGGACAGUACGAUUUGGGCGCCUGGAUGCCCAACUUCCCCUCCUCCAUGAGGAAGCCCCCUCCGAAGACCAAAGGCACAGCGAACGAGGAGGACUACAAAGAGACCAUCCCCGCCAUCAACACCACCUGCAUCAUCCUUAGCACCCUCUGGCUGCUUAGUGCCGAUCCUGGAGACAUGAUCCCCCUGGGGAAUUACCCUGAAGAGCAUUUCACGGAGGAAGAGCCGAAGAGGUUAAUGAAGGCCUUCCAGACACAUCUGGAGAAGAUCUCCGAGGAAAUUAAGAAGCGGAACCAGCAGCUGGAGCCAGGCUUCAUCGGCUAUUGGCACCUCUACCCUCCGGAAAUCGAGAACAGCGUCUCCAUAUAG